GUCAAGAUGGCGGACGGAUCCAAAGUCUUCAAGAAAACCAGUCCCGAUGGCAAGUUAUCUAUUUAUCUGGCGAAACGCGACUUUGUGGACCAUGUGGAGUCUGUGGAGCCAGUAGAUGGAAUGAUUCUAAUUGAUCCGGAGUAUCAAAAGGAAAAGAAAGUGUUUGUGAUCCUCACCUGCGCUUUUCGCUAUGGGCGGGAUGACAUGGAGCUCAUUGGGCUCUGCUUCAGGAAGGACCUGUAUGUGCAGUCUUGUCAGGUGUACCCGCCUUUGCCGGCGGAUAAGAAGCCGCUGACCCCGCUCCAGGAGAAGCUGAAGGCCAAGCUGGGAGUCAAUUCCUUCCCGUUCUGCUUCACCAUGGUAAAGAACCUUCCGUGCUCGGUGACCCUGCAGCCUGGACCAGAGGAUUCUGGGAAGGCCUGUGGGGUGGAUUUCGAGGUGAAAGGUUUCUGGGGAAACGACGUGGAGGAAAAAGUUUCAAAAAAGAACGCAGCGCGCCUCAUCAUUAGAAAAGUCCAAUACGCCCCGGAAUCAACAGGACCGGGGCCACAUGCGGAAAUCACCCGUCAGUUCAUGAUGUCAGACCGACCUCUGCAGCUGGAGGCAUCACUAAACAAGGAGAUACAUUAUCAUGGGGAUCCCAUCACUGUGAAUGUGAAGAUCAACAACUCCACCAAUAAGAUUGUAAAAAAGAUCAAAAUCACAGUGGAACAGGUCACGGAUGUCGUGCUCUACUCGUUGGACAAGUACACCAAAAUAGUUUGCAGUGAUGAGAUGAAUGAUACCGUAGCGGCCAAUUCCGCAUUCACCCGAUCGUACCAGGUGACUCCCCUAUUGGCCAAUAAUACGGAGAAGCGCGGCCUGGCACUGGACGGCAAGCUAAAGCACGGUGACACCAACCUGGCGUCUUCCACAGUCCUGCGCCCGGGGAUGGAUAAGGAGGUGCUGGGGAUUCUGGUGUCUUACAAAGUUCGAGUCAAUCUGAUGGCGUCACGUGGCGGCAUUCUGGGAGACCUCAUAUCCAGUGAUGUGGCAGUGGAGCUGCCGCUUGUUCUGAUGCACCCCAAACCACCUGAAGGUACAACAAGCGCGGAGGACGUGGUGAUCGAGGAGUUCGCUCGCCAAAAGCUGCAGGGAGAGCAAGACGACGAAGAGGACAAGGAGGAGGAAAGAUGAUGGACUUCAAAACCAUUGC